AUGGCCUGCCCGAUGGAGCUGGCGAAUCUGUACACGGCGUUGGGCGUCUCGGUCUCUGCAGGGGAAGCUGACAUCCGUUCUGCAUAUCGCCGGAGGGCACUGGCAACGCAUCCAGACAAAGGAGGCAGUGCAGAAGCUUUUCGGCUAGUUGUCAAGGCCUUCGAGACGUUGGCCGACCCCGGCCGGCGCGAGGCUCAUGAUCGAGAACUCGAGCGUGCAACCUCGGCACCGGAGAGCAAGACAGAAGCGCCUGGGCACGCGCCCCAGCCCAAUAAGAGAUGCCGGCAGCAGGGGCCCAAGGAGUCCAAAGCAUCGGAGGUUAAGCCUAAGCGUCGAUGCGAGGCUCCGACAGGCGACCAGACGGGUUCACCGCCGCCCGAGGGGAUCCCCAAACUGGCCAAGGAGCUCCUGGGCCUUUCCCUGACAGUCAUUCGCUCCCGCUUGAAAAAGUUGGUGCUGGAAGUGCUGCGUGAACUGUUGACGUUUCUUGAGACAACCGGUCUCCAAGCUGCACCGGAGUUCGGUGAGGACGAGGAGGAGAACUACGCAUCGGCAUCCGAGGACGACCCGGAGAAUGUUCUACCUCUUUGUGACGAUGAGUGCCCGGAUCUUAUUUUUGAAGCUGACCUUCAGAGCGAACCUAAGCUUCAACCCGACUGCAUAGUCCUCGCCAGCCUGCCGGGAGUCCCACAGCUCAACACGUGCUUGUGUGCACAGCUUCAGCUGAAGGAUGGUUCUCUUUGUCAAGGCCCUCUCCGUGCAAGCCUGGUCCUGGCGAAGCGCGACAUGAAAGAACUUUCGGCCAUCCGAGAAGCAAAGGGCGACGAUGCGGUCAAGGAGGAAGCCUCCAGGAGAGAUGCGGACGUCAUGACUUCUUUCUUCAUGACUGGUCGGCUGGCUUGA